AUGAAAGUGCCGAAUAAAAUGAAAAUUUUUGCAUGGCGUGCAUGUAAAGAUGGACUACCUAUUGCUGUGAACUUGGGGAAGAAACGUGUCCUAUCAGACGACACUUGUAGAUUUUGUUUAUCAGAUAAAGAAGAUAUAAUCCAUCCAGUGGUAAAUUGCGAGGUUGUUAAAGGUAUGUGGCGUUUUUACCUCCCUGAAUUAAUUCUUGAUAGACAUCUGUCUUUAUUUGAGAUGGAUUUACAAAUGUGUGAGAGAAAUAUGUAUGAGAAGUUGUCUAUUUUAUUUGCUUUGGCCUGGGGUUUCUGGUUUAGACGGAACAAGUUUGUGCAUGCUCAAGAGCUGUUAGGUCUUGCUACUGUUGCUGAAAAUGCUGUUGUUUUGCUGAAAAGUUAUGAUCAAGUUAGACACCAGUCAAGAGUACAAGUCCUGAAGCACUAUAAAUGGAAAUUCCCUCCUGCGGGUUGGCUUAAAUUAAAUGUUGAUGCUGUUGUAUUUUUAGAAUGGGAUAAGGCAGGUGUGGGGGCAGUGUUGAGGGAUGAAAAUGGUAGUAUUCUUAUGGCUUUUAGUAGAGCAGAAAUUUCGUUGGAUGGGUCUGAGGGGGUGGAGCUCCUUGCCAUCUUCAGGGGUUUGCAAUAG